AUGCGCACCACACGGGCAAGCGCCGCCCAGCCAGCAAUUCAAAUCUUUACCAGGACAACCAAAGCUGGUAUCACACCGUCACUGCCUGGGAAGUCACUAUCCGCCAAACCCGCCUCGCUCCCCGUCUCGCCUUCCAAGAAACGCAAGCUCCAGGAACUCGAAAAUGUCGACGCCGGUAGUCCAACCCCAAUUGAGGAAGGCACACCCUCGAAAACUUUGCGACUGAAUGAACUGUCUGUGUCUUCACCACGCAGCGGCCAUUUUGCUUCUCCCAAGGCAACCCCCAAGAGGACACCCAGUCGACGUGCUCGCGCCCCUGUCCAAACCGCCCCCUCGACACCCUCGACCCCUUCAAAGCAAAGGACCAUCGACUUUGAGAAAAUCACACCAGUCAAAGAGGAACUCCCCAUUGUUCCUCGGCCUGCAUUAUUCAACGAUGUUCUCAACCUUCAUUCGGCCUUUGUUCAGGCUUUCUCAUUUCACAUGGCACACAACGGCGUCAAUGCCCCUGCGGACCUUCGAGAUUUUCUUGGCAGUGUAACCCGCAUGUGGAAAAAACGCAAGGUGCAGAUGAAGGAUUUGCAGCGUCUGUUGUGGGUUUGGGAAAAGAGUUCAAAGGCGACGACUGUUUCUUACCGACUGGCAAACUACGGACUCGGCAAGAUCUGUGUGGAACGCACCUUCCAGGUGGACGAGCAGCCUGCUGCUCUACAAGACUCGUUCGAAGAGACACUAGAUCUCUUGUGGGAAAAGGCUCAGGAUGCUCUGCACGCUGCUAACGAGGAAGACCGUCCAUCUCUAUUCAUUGAAACACUCGGCCUUGCCACGAUCCACGAGUCGCUCACUCCUUUCACCUCGUUCCAAAAAGGCCAACAGCGUCUCCAGGAUCUCAAGGGCGGUUUGCUUCGCUUGACAGCCGAGAGACUCAAUGCCGGUUCUUCACAGACAACCCCGCUGGAGCGGACUGCCACAGUCAGUCGCCGCCAGGGAUUGCUGGAUCGUAUCAAGAACAAGGAAUUGCGCCAGUCCAAGCUGCCUCCCGCGCCCACCAAGAAGGAACUCGUUCGCCGUGCUGCCAUUGACCGUGUCGAGGAGGUUGUUGGAAUUCUGGCCAUGCUGCGUCCUGCUGGUUACGUCGGCAAUGGCAUCAAGGCUAUGUUUGCCUCUCAGCGCAAGCCUUUCAAGAUCGAUUCCAUGAUCGAGCUUGUCCGCGAUUCCAUCCGCAGCCCAAUUCCCCGCGAGGAAGUGGAGGUGUGUCUUGAAAUUCUGGCUGAACCUAGUAUUGCCGGUAACUGGAUCAGCAUUGUUACUGUCAAGGAGAUGAAGUCUGUUGUGUUGAAGUCUUGCAAGGACGUCUCUGCCAAAGAUAUUGGUGUGAGAGCUGCCCAACUCAAGGCUGACUGGGACAAGUCUGCUACAUGUGUGAAGACCCCCGUCGUGUAA